AUGAUGAACUCUCUGCGAUGUUUGAGGCCAAUUGCCCUCCGAGUCCCAUUCCAAAGGUCUACUCUUCCUAUAAUGGCACGCGCCUACAGCUCCAAGAGUUAUGAGUUCAUCCAGAUUUCCCAGCCAAAGCCAGGAGUUGGUCAAGUCACACUAAACCGACCCAAGGCUCUUAAUGCGCUCUGCACGCCACUCAUUAAUGAGUUGAACGAGGCACUUGCAGAUCUCAAUGCGUCGAGUGACACCUCGGUCAUCAUCCUCACCGGCUCCCAGAAGGCCUUCGCAGCCGGUGCCGAUAUCAAGGAGAUGGCGCCACUCACAUUUGCUGAAGCCUACACCAAGUCCUUCAUUGAGAGCUGGUCAUCACUCACCACCCAGGUCAAGAAGCCCAUCAUCGCCGCCGUCUCGGGCCAUGCUCUUGGUGGCGGGUGCGAGCUCGCCAUGAUGUGCGACCUGAUCUACUGCACCGAGAACGCAAACUUUGGUCAGCCGGAGAUCAAGCUGGGCACUCUCCCCGGUGCCGGUGGUAGCCAGCGACUCACCCGGGCCAUUGGCAAGGCCAAGGCCAUGGAGCUGAUCCUUACCGGAAAGUCCUUCUCCGGUGUUGAGGCUGAGAAGUGGGGGAUCGCGGCGCGGGUGUUCCCUACGUACGAGGCGCUGAUGGAGGAGACGCUCAAGACGGCCGAGACCAUUGCUGGGUACUCUCAGGUGGCUGUCCAGGCUUGCAAGGAGGUGGUCAACAAGAGCCAGGACCUGGCCCUCCGGGAUGGUGUCGAGUACGAGAGGCGUGUGUUCCACAGCGUCUUUGGCAGCCAGGAUCAGAAGAUCGGCAUGAAGGCGUUUGCGGAGAAGAAGAAGGCCGAGUGGACGCACUCUUAG